CUGAAAUUGUUACUUUACAGAAUUGCUAGACGUCCAGAUGUUGGGGGCAGAGGCAGAAUGUUCACUCCAGAGCAAGAGACCCAUAUAGUGAACAUGGUGAUUGCCAAUAAUGCAAUAAGACUGCGUGAAAUACAGCAGCGCAUAAUUGAUAAUGACGCCAUCUUUCAAAAUAUACACAGUGCAAGCAUUUCUGCACUAAGUCGUGUACUUGCGCGCCACAGAAUAAGAAUGAAGCAAAUUUACAGAGUUCCUUUCGAGAGAAACACAGAACGUGUAAAGCAACUGCGAUAUGACUAUGUGCAGAGAGUGAUGGAACUAGAAGCAGAUGCAAUGGGACAUGAGCUACUUUUUGUGGAUGAGGCCGGUUUUAACCUCAGUAAAACCAGGAGACGUGGCAGGAACAUUAUUGGACACCGUGCCAUCAUCAAUGUCCCAGGACAACGUGGUGGUAACAUAACCAUGUGUGCAGCUAUAAGCCAAAAUGGUGUUGUUCACCAUCAUGCAACCAUAGGCCCUUACAACACUGCACACAUUAUUGCAUUCCUGGACACCAUGCAUGACAUGCUCACUGUUCAGAGACCAGAGCAGACCCGAUAUGUCAUCAUAUGGGACAAUGUUAGUUUCCAUAGGGCUGCUUUGGUCCGCAACUGGUUUACAGACCACCCAUCCUUCAUGGCACUCAACCUCCUCCAUACUCUCCAUUCUUAA